AUGCAAUUUUAUUCGCUUGCUGCUUACAAUAAUCUUUUUUAUGCUAUUCGGCAUGGUUACCACUACCGACGAAUAACAACUGCACCUAUUCCUGGAUAUCAUACUAGUUGGAUAAAAGUAACUGAACUGUAUAAUGCUAUUGAAAAUUGUUAUACAGGUAAACAAGUAACAUUUGACGAACUUCAAAUGAUAGGAAUUCGGAGUAAUGAAUUAUUACAAUGGCAUAUACCAUUAGAUAUUGCAGAUCUAUAUGGUGAAUUUUUAUCUAGUACUUCACCCACUGUAUGUGAUGGUGAGUUAGAUACUAUGAAUGGUGAUGAUGAACUUUAUUGUGAUCAAAUUGAAACAAAUAUAUGUGUUGAGAAUGAAUUUCGAUGUCGUAAUGGUUUUUGUAUUGAUCGUCAAUUUCUAUUCGAUGGUCAAGGCGAUUGCACUGAUCUAACCGAUGAACAAACACUACUCAUUAUAAAGAAAUAUCAUAAUUUUCAAAAUUAUUAUGAACAAGCAACUAUUGAUUGUGAUGAACAUUGGUGUGGACGAGAAAUGAUUUCAUGUGGUGAUGGAGAAUGUAUACUAUGGAAUCGACGAUUUUGGAGUGGAUAUGAUUGCAGUGAUGGAACUAAUGUAUGUUUCAAUGGUGCAGAUGAAAUGAGUCUUUCGAUCAAUUGGCAAGAACAACAGUGUUUUAAAUCUGAUGAUUUUGCAUGUUCUCUUUUACGAGAUUUAAAUAACUCAAAUAAUGAAGAACAAUCUACUCAUAUAUUGCCUUUUACUAACUUAUGUGAUUCAUUUUGGAAUUUACGAAAUGGAUCGGAUGAAAUCGAUUGUGAUGAAUGGAUAUGUGAACCAGGUUGGAUAAAACAACAGAGUAAUUUAAGUCGAUGGAGUGGUAAUUGUAUUAAUCCUCAAUGGAAAUGUAAUAGAAUAUGGGACUAUACUGAUGGAAGUGAUGAAUAUAACUGUAAUCGCACAGAACCAUACCCCAUACCUGAUUGUUUAUUAUUAGAAACCAAUGAGAUAAUUUCAUUAAAUGUAACUAAUACGAUUGCUGGUAAUGGAAUUGUUGAGUGUUCGGGAGGUAUAGAUGAACGGGUAACAUUUGCAUGUAACGAUGGAUUUCCACUUAAUGAACGAUUUCUCUGCAAUGAUAAAAUUACAUGUUUAAAACCAAUGUAUCUAUGCAAUCAUGUCAUAGACUGUUCUACAGGUGAAGACGAGAGUGAAUUCUGGUGCGGACAAAGACCUUCGCUCAAUACACCUGCUUGCGAAAAGAAAAGAUUAACUUGUCUAGAACGUGAUGAUUAUGGUCCUUGCAUACCGCAGGAAGAUCGAUGUCAUACUGAACGUACGUCUUGUCUAAGUUCUCAUCAAGAUGACUACAUGUGUAUACAUCCACGCAAAUAUAAUCAUAUCAUCUUGAAACCAUUUACAUCACCAGAAAUGCAAGAUCCACAGUCAAAUGUUAUACCUCCAUGGUAUUGUGAUCGUGGUUUAGUUGUAUACAGAUAUGAUAAACUUGAAUGUCUCUGUCCUCCUAGUUAUUUCGGUCAUCGGUGUGAGAAACAUAGUCAUCGCUUGACAGUCAUAUUUACAUUAAAUAUUAAUAUUAUUAAAGCUGAUCUUAUUCGAAUCAUUGUAUUAUUAAUAAAUCAUAAUGUAACUAUCGAUCAUGUUCUCAUAACACAAGAACCAUCAUAUACCGGUAAACAUCGUCUUUAUUUAAACUAUCCUUACUUCUUAUAUUCUAAUCUACGAGAAACAUUCAACAAUUAUAUUGUGCAAAUUCGAGUGUAUACAGUUGGUCAUAACUUAGUACGACUUUUAUUUGUUUCACAAUAUCCUAUUAAGUAUUCAUUUUUGCCUGCUUUUCGCAUUGCCGUUGUUCUACGUGAUAAAGAUAAUCUGUUACUAAGAGAUCAAUCUUAUCAUAGUGAUUCAUAUGAUUUUAUACUUAAUGGACUAGAAAAUCAUGACCGUCAAAGUCGGCUUAUUUGUUCUUGCGCUUCAAACAAUUGGCAUAAUGAAACUGAUGCAUUAUCAACAACACGUAUUCUACAAUUGAUCAACUACGAUAUUAUGAAAAUGCAUCUUAAAAUUGAACGACAACAUCUAUUCCUGAAAGAAUCGGAUCGUAUAUUUUAUGAUGAUUUACACUUACCACCUAUUGCAUUGUUGAAAGUCUACGAUCCAAUUCAUUUCAAUCUAUAUCUGUUAUACUUUCAUAAUAACUAUUCUAUUAUUGAUUUAACCGAACAAAAUAAAACUAAAUGUAGACACGCAAAAGAAUUUAAUUUAAUUCCGACAAAUUAUUCUUAUCAGGCAUUAUUAUUUGUUAUGAAACGUUAUCAUCGUCCAUGUCAACAAUUAAAGCAGGAAAAUACAGUCUGUUUUUAUGAUCCUCAAACAUAUUUCUGUUUUUGCAAUGCAACAACACAUCGAUCAUUAUGUUUCUCAUAUAAUUUCAAAUAUGAUCAUUGUAAUGAAUGCUUGAAUGAUGGUAGUUGUUAUGCUGGCGAACAAAAAACAAAUAGAAAAGAUUUCAUUUGUCGUUGUGCUCCAUGUAUUUACGGUGCAUUAUGUGAAUUUCGCAUGGAUAAUUUAAAAUAUACAUUCGAAUCAUUAUUAAUUCUUGAUUUAAGUUCUAUAGACAACAGUAAGUAA